UUAUUCUCUCGAUGGAGUUGAAGCGAAACGGUGAAGAAGUAAAUGGAUUGGAUAAGCAGAGGAGGACUAGGGACGAAGAGGACAAGAGAUGAUGACAACACCAGGCGGAAGCGGGAGAUUUAAGCCGUUACCGACGGCGAUGUACGCCGGAUACUCAGGAACGGCGUCGUCUUGGGUAGCGAAGACAUCGGUUUCCGCGUCUGGGAAGAGGAUACAGAGAGAGAUGGCUGAACUUAACGUCGAUCCGCCUCCCGAAUGCUCAGCUGGACCCAAAGGAGAUAAUCUCUACCAUUGGAUCGCCACCAUCAUUGGUCCCUCUGGGACUCCUUAUGAAGGAGGGAUCUUUUUUCUGGAUAUGAUUUUUCCUUCUGAUUAUCCCUUUAAACCACCAAAGGUGGUGUUCAAGACUCGGAUCUACCACUGCAAUGUCGAUACCGCUGGGAAUCUGAGUGUGGAGAUUCUAAGAGACAGUUGGAGUCCGGCUCUUACGAUCACAAAAGUCUUGCAAGCCAUUAGAUCUAUCUUCUUAAAACCUGAGACAUACAAUCCAGCUUUACCAGUGAUCGCACGGCUCUACUUGUCGGAUAGAGAAAAGCAUGAGGAGGUAGCUAAAGAGUGGACGUUGCGAUUUGCCAAGUGAACAAAGUUUCAGAUCUUUUAAUACGAGGAAAGACAAACAGAGAUAUAUUAUUGUACGUACACUUUUAUUUGAUGAAUGAUCAAUCAAUGCAUCCACCAAAAUGGAACAACGAGCAAUGUUAGAUUAAUUGAUUGCUCUUAGAAUAGGUAACAAUGCGAGUGUAGGACCUAUCCUCCUCAAUAACUCCAAUUCCAAUCUAGUGUUUUCUUUGAGU